UCCAGCUGCGUUGGAGUAGAGGAGCACCAUGCUGUUGACAUUGAUCUAUACCAUUGUCCCAACUGUGCAGUUCUCCAUGGACCUUCUCUAAUGAAGAAGAGGAGGAACUGGCACAGACAUGACUACACAGAGUUGGAUGAUGGUUCCAAACCGGUGCAGGCUGGAACACGGACCUUCGUUAAACAGCUGCGGGCUCGCUCUUUCCCAAGUGCUGAUGAAGUAAUAUUGAAAAUGCAUGGAAGCCAGUUGACACAAAGGUACUUGGAGAAACAUGGGUUUGAUGUUCCCAUUAUGGUUCCUAAAUUAGAUGGUCUGGGGCUCAGACUUCCUCCGCCAACUUUCUCCGUUUUAGAUGUGGAACGCUAUGUAGGUGGUGACAAAGUGAUAGAUGUGAUAGAUGUAGCAAGACAAGCAGACAGUAAAAUGAAACUCCAUAAUUAUAUUAAAUAUUUCACAAAUCCGGAUCGACCAAAAGUAUUGAAUGUGAUCAGCCUGGAAUUCUCGGACACAAAGAUGUCUGAAUUAGUGGAAGUACCGGAUAUUGCCAGAAAGCUUUCAUGGGUGGAAAACUAUUGGCCAGAUGAUUCUGUCUUCCCUAAGCCUUUUGUUCAGAAGUAUUGCUUGAUGGGUGUUCAGGACAGCUAUACUGAUUUUCAUAUCGAUUUUGGAGGAACAUCAGUUUGGUACCAUGUCCUCUGG